GGCACUCAGGUGCACCGCCAACGACCUGCAGGUGCGAGGAUGUAUAAAUCAGAGGGAGGCGCACAGCGGUCGUUUUGGGAUAUCGACGCAGAAGUGAGGAAGAUGAGGGAGUGUAUCUCGGUCCAUGUCGGCCAGGCGGGGGUGCAGAUCGGCAAUGGCUGCUGGGAGCUGUUCUGCCUGGAGCACGAGAUCCGGCCCGACGGCACCGUCUCGGACCCGAACAGCCCCUCCGUCGUGGACUCGUCCUUCUCCACGUUCUUCAGCGAGACCGGCUCGGGGAAGCAGGUCCCGCGGGCCGUGUUUGUGGACCUGGAGCCCACAGUCAUUGAUGAGGUGAGAAAUGGGCAGUACCGCCAGCUGUACCACCCUGAGCAGCUCAUCAGCGGGAAAGAAGACGCUGCCAACAACUACGCCCGCGGCCACUACACCAUCGGCAAGGAGAUGAUCGAUCCCGUCAUGGAGAGAAUCCGGAAAAUGGCUGACCAGUGCACAGGUCUGCAGGGCUUCCUGGUGUUCCACAGCUUUGGAGGUGGAACUGGCUCAGGAUUCACGUCCCUGCUGAUGGAGCGCCUCUCUGUGGAUUAUGGCAAGAAGUCCAAGCUGGAGUUCUCGGUCUACCCUGCUCCACGGGUCUCCACUGCUGUGGUGGAGCCGUACAACUCCAUCCUGACCACCCACACCACCCUGGAGCACUCGGACUGCUCCUUCAUGGUGGACAAUGAGGCCAUCUUUGACAUCUGCAACCGUAAUCUAGGUGUGGAACGUCCAUCUUACACCAACUUGAAUAGGCUAAUUGCACAGAUUGUCUCCUCAACCACAGCCUCUCUGCGCUUUGAUGGGGCCAUGAAUGUUGACCUCACAGAGUUCCAGACCAAUUUGGUGCCAUAUCCCAGAAUUCACUUCCCCCUGGUCACGUAUGCUCCCAUCAUCUCUGCAGAGAGAGCCUACCAUGAGCAGCUGUCUGUGCCAGAGAUCACCAACGCCUGUUUUGAUCCUGCCAACCAGAUGGUGAAGUGUGAUCCCAGGCGUGGAAAAUACAUGGCCUGCUGUCUGCUCUAUCGUGGGGAUGUGGUGCCCAAGGAUGUGAAUGCAGCCAUUGCCAGUAUUAAAACCAGGCGCUCGAUCCAGUUUGUGGACUGGUGCCCUACUGGUUUCAAGGUUGGCAUUAACUACCAGCCUCCUACUGUGGUGCCUGGAGGAGAUCUGGCAAAACUUGCCCGGGCUGUGUGCAUGCUGAGCAACACCACUGCCAUCGCUGAAGCCUGGAGCCGCCUGGACCACAAGUUUGACCUGAUGUACGCCAAGAGGGCCUUCGUCCACUGGUACGUGGGAGAGGGGAUGGAGGAGGGCGAGUUCUCUGAAGCCAGAGAAGAUAUGGCUGCCUUGGAGAAGGACUAUGAGGAGGUUGGUGCCAAUUCUGAAGAUGGUUUGUCUGAAGAGGAAGAUGAAUAUUGAAUCUUGUCAAAUUAUGCAUUAGCUGUGGUUUGCAUCUUGAGAGUUUCAAAUCUUGUGCAUGUUUGUCGCCUACAUUAAUGCCGUAAUUAGCUUUUUUUACAAUGGUAUGACAAGAAGACUGCUCCAAUCUGACCCUUCAUCUUUCAAGUGUGGAAAGGUUAAUUCUUAUAAAAUACUUGAAUGAUAUGUGACCUUGCACACAGUGGCACUUAUUUUCCUAAUAAAAGGCACUGCAUAAUUA